UCUGAUGUCUCUGAUGUCUCUGUGCUGGUGUCUGCAGGUCCGGCGUGUUGUGGCCAUGCUGUUGUUUUGUGUCCGAUCCACAAACAGGAGCCUCUGGAGCUCUUCUGUGAGACGUGUGACCUGAUGACCUGCAGCAUCUGUCACCUGUCCUCACACAAGGACCAUCGGUUGGUUCACGUCAACAAGGCGUUACAGGACCAGCGGUGGCUCCUGGAGAACCUGAUGGCUCGAGUGGAGGAGAAAAGAUCAGCUGUGGAGAACACGGCCAAACAGAUCCAGGGCAGACUUCACGGUGUAAAAAUCACACAAAGGAAGGCGGAAAACCAGAUUAAAAUGGCCAAGAUGAUUAUGAUGAACGAGCUGAACAAACGGGCCAACCUAUUAAUAGAGCAACUGGAGAAUAUCUCCAGUGGCUUUAAGCAGCGUCUGGAGGACCAGCUGCAGGGGGCGAUAGAGUUGUGCAGUCAGCUGGAGCACGUACACAACUUCAUCACCUGGGCGGUGGCCCAUCACAGGAGGAACCCACUGCUCUUCAGCAAAGAGCUGAUUGCUCUUCAGAUGCAGCAGUUACUGGAGCCUCUGAUCCACUCGGAGGCCUGGGCGCCGCUAAAAAUCAAGUUUAACUGGGACGCCAGCUUCUGGACCAAGCAGAUCUCCACACUCGGUCAGCUCAGUGUGGACGGUGGAAGCCGGCCGUAUUCGGAGGGCGUGGGGCGGCCGAGUAUCCUGAGGCCUCAGCCUGUGGCCUGCCUGGCCCGGUCCUCCCUGUGCCACCCCGUCCGAGAGCCGGACUGUGCCUACCAGCCCUUCAGCCAGCCGUCGCUCUGCUGCCUGCACUGCCGGCCGGCACAGUCCCUGCCGCUGGAGAAAUACCCGGCACAGCUGGACAAGUACUCGGUCCCCUGCUCCCAGCAGCCUGCCUGCAAUUCCUCACAGACCCUCCAGAGGUGCUGUGACCCCGAGGGCACCGGCUUAAUGCCCCAGUCCACCCUACCUCCCCCCCAAUGCUCCACGCCACCCCCCGUACCCGAACCUGCCGCCACCAACCACCUGCCACAGACAGCAGACCUGCCGCCAGCCGCCGUUCUCUGUGAUGGUUCCCAGGCAGAUGCUCCACCUCCACCAGUCCGAGAACCCGGUUCCUCAGACCUGGAGAACCUCCUACAGAAACCCCAGCCAUCACCGCCGGAUCUGCUCCCGGCACAGGCAAGCGCGGAGUCCAACCCGGUACAGGCACCGACACUCGCCCCGGCACAGGUGCCGGCACAGGCGCCGUCACCGGAACAGCAGCCUCCCUCUGCAGCAAACUGUGGAGAUAAAGACGCGGGUUCCCCUGGGCUGGAUGCUCAUGUGGCGGCUGGAGGAAGUGCGGCUGAUGCUCAGAACCGGGCCAGUCCAGAGAUGAGGACCAGAUCCGGCAGCAUCCCGGCAGAACCGAGCCUGAGCCCGAACCUGAGCCCGAGUUCACCCAGAACCAGCCCUACUGAAUUCAGGCCUACUGAGGAUGCCCAGUGUCUAGCAACAGCACCUGGGGACCAGCGAUUAACAGCACAGCAGAAGGAUUGUACUCAGUCCAGGACGAGGAGGUCCGAGUCCGAUAGUGGAGUAAUGGACGUCCAUCCACAGACCCGGAACAGUUCUAAUCUCACCACCUACAAAACAGAACCAGAUAAUGUCUACGCAUACGCCUAUGAAAACACAGGCUUUAGGACAAAAUCGCGGACAAAAUCCCGAAGAUCACGAGAAGCUCAGGACAGCAGCUGCAGAGAAGCUCAGAACGGUUCUAAGGUUCCGGUUGUGUGUCUGGAACGGCUGAAGAUCCUCGUGUCCAAAUGUCCCCCUCAGGGACACCAGAAGAACACUACCGGUUCUGCUGCUGAUCCAGGACUGAAAUCUGAAGGAACCGUCUCACAGGAUCUACAGAGAGAACUUUCACCUGAGGUGGGUUCCGCUGCAGAACCGGUGCAUGAUGAGGGACAGACGGAGUAUCUAGUACCGGUUCCGUCACCACAACCAGAACUUCAGCAGUGCAGCUCGUCUCCGGUUCCCUCAGAGCUGCAGGUUCAGGACGAGGACCUGCAGGACUGCACCGAGUGCUGCAUCUCCCCGACCCGAUCCGGCGAGACAGAACCGUCCCCUCGGCCCCAAACUGAGGAAGAACCUGCUUCUGACCCGAACCCAUCAGAACCCAGAUCAGUACCGGCGUCAGACUGCCUCAUCGAGUCCACCACGGAGCCGGACUUCUGCUCCGAGCCGGAGAUCGACUCCGAGCUUCAGGCAGAAUCAGAUCCGAGUCUGGAGUCUGAACCGCAGGUGGAGUCGGACUCGGAACCGCAGGUGGAAUCGGACCUGGAGUCAGAGCAGCCCCCUGAUCUGGAGCUCUCGGUGGAGUCGGAACCGGAGCUGGAGUCGGAACCGGACUCCACGGCGCAGGUGACUCUGAAUCUGGAGCAGGAGUGCGACUGGGAGGAGGAUCAGCAGGAGGACUCCACUGACGGAGGGUCCGAGGAGACCGUAACGGAACCGGAACCGGAUCCGGUACCGGAAGACCCGGAGGGGGAGGAGAUGGAGAAUGAGGAUUUCUGUGCCGUCUGUCUGAUUGGAGGAGAUCUGCUGUGCUGCGAUCGCUGCCCCAAGGUCUUCCACCUGUCCUGCCACGUGCCUUCACUCCUCAACUUCCCCACGGGGGACUGGGUGUGCACUCUGUGCAGGGACGUGCAGCGGCCGGAGGUGGAGUACGAUUGUGAGGAUGCACGACUGCCCGUAGCCGUCGCACCAUCUGGACUGUCUGCGUGUGAUCAGAGGAAAUGUGAGAAGCUGACUCUGCUGAUCUACAGCAACAUCCUCAGUGCUCCCUUCCACGAGCCUGUCAGUCCACUGGCCCGUCAUUAUUAUCAGAUCAUCAAGAGGCCCAUGGAUCUAUCUGCUAUCCGGAGCAGACUCAACACAGGCAGCUCGUCACACUACAGCUCCCCCGGCGAAUUCGCCGCCGACGUCCUGCUGAUGUUUAAAAACUGUGCCAAGUUCAACUACCCGGACUCUGAGGUGGCUCAGGCGGGACGCAGUCUGCAGGACUUCUUCCUCUGUAAGCUGGGCGAGGUUUUCCCGGAGCUCGGCUGCCCGGCGCUGGAGGACGACUCAGACAGUGACGAGUACGAGGAGGCGGAGCUCGCCGCCGCCACCGGAUUCCCCUGGCCGGAGAGGAAGGAGCAGAGCCACAGGAAGAGGAAGAGGAGGCACUCGCUCACCUGGAGGAGGAACCACUAUUAGCUCUGUCGUGCAGAGACACGGACGGACGGACGGACGGACAGAGGGACUUUUAUUUUAUAAAUAACACAGGCUUCCUUCUGAAAGAAGCCAGGUUUUAUUUUGAAGGCUCUUCCUCUUGCUUUUGUAAACAGAUAAACUUGUAUUAAUGAUUAAUGAAGCUGUUUUAACGUCACAUAUUUCACCUACCGUAAAUUAAAACUGUCAGAAACGUUUUAAUAAGAGUGUUUUCACACCUGAGCUCUCGAACCAGAGUUGAGUGUUUUUAUAAUGUGUUCUUUUUUUAAAUAUUUUAUUUUGUCACAUUUUUGUUUUACAAUCAAUUCAAAAGAGAACAUUAUACAUAGCAAACAGACAUUUUGACCCACCCCCCUCUUAGCAAACACACCAAGAAAAGGAAGGAAAAAGUUUAUAUUCUGUUCUGUACUGUUUAUAUCGUCACUGUCCAAUGAAAAACGAGUAACUCCAAAACAGCAACUUUACAGGAGAGAGACAAAAUAUAACUUUCUAAACUUUUAAUGGAAGUCAAUGUAAAAAAAAAAGCUUAUUUUAGGUCAUUUUAAAGUAUUUUAAAAUAUUUCUAUUGGUCCGCAUAUCAAGAAAUUUUGGCACAGUGUGAAGAACUAAAAACGAAAACUAAAAAUUAACAAAAAUUGAAUUUUUGGCUGUUUUUCAUUGGACACUGAUGAUAUUUUGUCUAGUUAAUUUUGUCCAGUUUCACACAGAUUUUUUUUUGUUACUUCUCCAUGAAAACUUUAACUUAAACAUAAACAUACACAUUCUGUACCAGUAAAAAGUUUAGACGCACCUUAAUUUCAUUGUUUUAGUAUGAAUUAUUGCGUUAUUUUUAAAAUGUUCUAAAAUCAUCCAAACUAUGAAGAAAAAAAAACAUAUGGAUUUUUUAAUAAACAUAGUUAGUAGUUAUAGUGUUAAACAAACCAGAAUAUGCUUUAUAUUUUACAUUCUUCAAAAAGUAGCUCCUCUUAAAUUAAUUUAUGAGGUAGAGUCACCUGGAAUGCAGGCUUUCAGUUAACAGCUGUGCUGAACUCAUCAAGAGUUAAUUACUUGAAUUUCUUGUCUCUUAAUAAAGUGUUUGAGAGCAUCAGUUAAAGUAAAGUAGUGAAGAGGUAGAGUUACAGGUAUACAGUGAAUAGUGAAUAUUUGAGUAAUGUUCGAAUCCAGGUUAUGAGAAGCAACAACUACUCAACUAAAUAAAGAUUUAAAAAUACUUUAAGAACAAAAAAUGCAUUUUCAAUCAAAAAAAGGACCAGUGAGCUUCCACAUUAUGUAAGAGACUGGUGUUCAAUUCCUAAUCUGGGUGACUAUACUGCUCUACACCAAUAAGAGUCCUUGGGCUAGACUCCCAACGCUACAUUGGCCCAACUCUGUUAUAGGAAUAAUCUUGUAAAUUUUUGAAAGUAUCCUCAAGUGCAAUCACUGCAAAGACAAUCAGAAAUAUUGAAAAUGAUGAAACUGGCACUCAUUAGGACUCCGCCCCAAAAAAGGAUAGAAGAGCAAGAGUUUCCUCUGUUGUACAGGAUAAGAUCAUCAGAGUUUCCAGCCUCAGAAACUGCAAGUUAACAAACAGCUCCCCACAGAGUAUUUUGGUUUGUUUAACACUGUUUUUAAGUUACUACCUUAUGUGUUCCUUCAUAAUCUGAUAGAUCACUUUACUAUUCAUUUACUGAAUGUAGGAAAAAAAUGGAAUUAAAAGGUGUGUCCAAACUUUUGACUGUUACUGAAUUUAAAGUUGACUUAAGCAGCAUUUCUCAAAUUUGAUUUUUUUAAAUAAUUCUCCAUAUACUGUCAAAUUGAUAAAUUACCUUUUUAGGUGUUGUGCUGAAUUCUGUCUCCCUGCCAGAAAGUGUCUCUAUUAAUCUACAGUUACAGUAGAUACAGAAUCACCAGCACCGUAAUCUGUUGUACCCGUACUGCUCUGUAAUUAAUCUUCAGUUACAGUAGGUACAGAAUCACCAGCACCGUAAUCUGUUGUACUCGUACUGCUGUGUCACGUACCUGACAACCAAGGAGAGUCGGAUUUCAGCACAACACCUCUUUUUUUUCUUUAUCUCUUGUUGUUUAGUGGGUGAAAAAGGUUUAAAUCAUCUAUAAAACAUGUACCGUAUUUUUUGCACUAUAAGGUGCACCAGAUUAUAAGGCGCACCGGAUUUAAGCGACACUAGUAAGGAACAGGGGUGUCGCCAUUGUUUUCCUUCUAAUUUAGCAGAUCUUGCCGCUGAGUGGUGGUGUGGGGGAGCUUUAUUGCACUCAACUUUUAGGUUAAAUACAGCUGAGCUAAGUAAACAAAACUGUAAUUCUUAAAAACAAAAAACACUUUCUUUUAAAGUUAAAUGAGCGCUGGAUAUUAAUCUACACAGAUUUCUUACAAACUCCUGAAAAAUGUUUAUUUGUGUAAGUAGAGCACUUUCGUUUAUUUGUAGUAAGCUUAGAUUUCCAAAUUACUCCAGCACUAAGGCUGGAGCAUUAGCAUUAGCAGCUAACCGCUAGUGGCUAAUGCCACAUUUUGAAGUAUUUUGGAGAUGGAGAUACUUGUUUUUCAUUGGACAGCAAUGAUAUUUUUAUUUAUUUUAGUGGUUAGUUUUGUCCUAUUUUACACUGAAGUUUAGUGACUUCUGCGUGACAACUUUAACAUAAACAUAAAUAUACAGUACCAGUAAAAAGUUAAUCACACCUUAAUUUUUGUUUUUUUGUUUUUUUAAAUAUUAUUUUUAAAUUCUCAGCAUUGAGGUUAAUACUAAAGCGCUUUCAUUUAUUUACAGUCAGCUUAGAUUCUCAAAUUUCUCCAGCACUAAUGCUGGAGCAUUAGUUGCUAACCGCUAAAACUGAAGAACCCUGAGUGUUCCGGUAAUCCAGGGUGAUAUUAGCUAGCGGUUUGUGCCACAUAGCUUGUUUUAACACGGCAAACACGCUACAGACUACAGUCCGAUAUACUCACCUCUGAACGACAAAAGAGCUAGCGCUUAGUGCUGUGGUUAGUGGAUAAUGCUAAUGAGAGCUAGUGCUUAGCGCAAUUAGUGGCUAAUGCUUAUGCUGCUCCAGCAUGGCUAGCCGGGGUUAGUAGCAGGCUACAGUCUGAUAAUACUCACCUCUGAACAGUAAAAGAGAUAGCACUUAGCACUGUGGUUAGCGGCUAAUGAUAAUGCUUCUCCAGCAGUGCUAUCCAGGGUUAGCAGCAGGCUACAGUCUGAUAUACUUGCCUCUGUACCGUGAAAGAGCUAGAUCUAAAUGUGCUUUGAGGCUAAUGCUAAUGUUUAUUCUUCUCCAGUAGGGCUAACCGGGGGUUAGCAGCAGGCUACAGGCCGAUAAUACUCACCUCUGAACAGCGAAAGUGCUAGUGCUUAGCACAGUUAUCAGCUAAUGCUAAUGCUGCUCCAUCCUUAGUGCUGGAGAAACUUAACUGAAAACUCACCAUUAUAACUCUGUACUUCAGUGGAGUGGCUUUACUGCUCCUUAAUACCUGACUGAUAGAGUUCAUACAUAAGGAGCACCGGAUUAUAAGGAGCUCUGAUGAUUUUUGGGGAAAAUUUAAAGUUUUAAGUGCGCCUUUUAGUGCGGAAAAUACGGUAACUUUCACACUGAUCUAACUGGUUUAAUCAAAAUCCGGUUCUUUGCUUAUUUUUUACAUCUUCUGUUCUGGUUUGGACCCAAAUGUAUAGUAGGUGUGAAAGCACUCUAAAGCCCUAUCUGUACAGGAUUAGUUUCUCAGGGGGUUCUGGGAUAAUUUUCUCUUUUAUUUUCUCUUUUAUCUGUGAUUUUAUUCUUGUCUGAAACGACCAUGUACGUGUUUUUUUUACUCAGACGUCCUCUGAGAUAAAAAAUUACAGGCUGAAUUAUCUACUGUUUUUCUCGUAUCUUUUUCCGUGGUCCUCCGGUCAUUUUAGUCCCGUCCGGACGCACAUCUUUCGACGAGUUUCGUCUCCUCGUGUUUAAUAAAAUAGUCCAAAGUUUGUCCACUGCCGCUUACCGUAAUUACACUUUGGGCUUGUGCGUUUCCACGAAGAUUCAAUGUUGUGUAAACACAACAGCGAGUGGAAAUGGAGGAGCUACUGAACUCCAUGCGUCAUGUCAUGUGACCGAGAAAAAAGCCUAAAAACUCACUGAUCCUCCCGUUUUUUUGUGAAAUAUUUGAGAAACUAAUCCCGUCCAGAUAGGGCUUUAUCUUCAUCGUCUUUACGCCGGUGCAAAUAGUGCUGCUUUUAUUCGUAAUUAUUUGUGUUUUUUUGAUAACUGUCUGGUUGCUGGCGACUGCUACUCUCUAGAUAUAGACGAGCCAUGUUGGUUGGUUAUACAGUAUAUAUAUAAUAUGUUUAUUAUUAUAGAGAAUGUGAUUAAUCGUACGGUUUUGUAUGCUUUAUAUGCCACAUGCUGUAUGUAAAAUGAGGCAUUACUCCAGCUUCUGUUUUUACUGUACCGUCCUCACCCACCUGUAGGGGGAGCUCUUUGUAUAGCCUUAAGCACAAAAAUCAGUUCACAUUGGACAUGAGGAGAUUAAUGUGGGAUUAAUUUAUAGCUAAUGAUUAUUUAUGAAGCAAAAUAUAUCUCCUAUUCCGGAGAGAAGCGCAGAUUCUAAUUGGACGUUGCUAGGUUACGCUGUAAAGUAUAUUUUAAAUAUAUUUGUCAUAUAAAUAAAUGUUCAUUUAGUUCGUAUAGUUCUGAAUCAUUAAAGUGAUAAUUCCUCAGGUGUGUGAUCCUACAUCGGGAAAAUGAAAUGUAUAUACAUCUUAUAUCUUUAAUUUCCUGCUCAUAUCUUCACAUAUCUGCUCAUAUCUGCAGUGUAGAAUAUAUUCCUCAGUCAUAUAUCCAUAUAUACUGUUCUGUAAUUAGUUGGAUUUGUUGGAAUGUAUCCAGACUGAAAUAUAUUAAUAUGCAUCACAGUUUUAUUUUGCUUCAUUCCCACCGUCCCCUUCUUCACCUAUAAUCCCCAGGUUCUGUGUUUAUAAAGGAUUAAACUUCCUGUUUAAAAUGUUUGUAUUUUAA